UGUGACGCUUGAUUGACGGUUAGAUUAGAGGUUACUUGGAAGUUUAUUUCAAACUGAUUACAAAAUUAAUUUUUGCUUUGUCUAUUUGAGAUAUUGAGCGUCUGUUGUCGUAAAUAAGUGUCGAAAGGUGUUGCGUGAUCUCAUCUCAAAAGAAAAUCAACAGAAUAUCCAUCAUAAAAGAGAACAAUAUCCUGUGUUGUGAAUUUUUUUACAGCUAUAAAAAAAAUGGCAAAGGUUCAACUGUGUAAUAUAACCGUGAUGGAUAAUCCAAGCCCCUUCCUGAACCCUUUCCAAUUUGAAAUUACCUUUGAAUGCAUAGAAGAGCUCAAAGAAGAUUUGGAAUGGAAAAUGAUAUAUGUAGGCUCUGCGGAAAGUGAGGAAUAUGAUCAAAUAUUAGACUCUGUGUAUGUAGGCCCCAUUCCAGAAGGAAAACAUAUGUUUGUAUUCCAGGCUGAUCCGCCUAAUGUUUCUAGAAUACCAGAAAAUGAUGCUUUAGGUGUAACAGUUGUUUUACUCACAUGUUCGUACAAAUCUCAAGAAUUUAUAAGAGUAGGAUAUUUCAUCAAUAAUGAAUAUACAGAUCCUGAACUUAGGGAAAAUGCCCCCAGCCCUCCGCAGUUCGAUAAGGUAACCAGAAAUAUCCUUGCAUCAGAACCAAGAGUUACUAGAUUCAAAGUGAACUGGGAAGAUUCCCCUCCAGAACAAACUGCAAAUAACGAUAAUUCCAUCUCAGAAUCAAGAUGCUUAUCUCCUGAACCAGAAAUAGUAUCCCAAUCAGAACUGCCUUCUUUUAAUGAAAAUUCAAAUUCUUGGGCAACCAUGGAAUGCUCGUAAAAAAGAAAUUGAACUUUGAUUAACCGUACUAUUAAUUUUGAAAUUCAUUGUACAUAACUGUUGUAAGCUAAUAUAUUUUUGCAUUUCUCCCAAAUUUGUAUAAUGAAAUUGAAAGGUCUACAUGGUCUUUGAACACUUUUUGAACGGUUGUAAGUUUUUGGAUUCUUUCUUUUUUAUUAUUUAAAAUUAUGUAUUUUUGUUCGUCUUCAGAUAUUUCUGGUGGUGAAAAAUCAAAUGUUGAAGUAUCAUUGCAUCUAUAUCAAUGUCAGUAAAAAAAAUUCUGUUUUACUUGUCUAAUAUUGGUCAGAAAUAAAUUCUUUGAUUAUUAA